UCGAUUAUUUUGGAAUCGACUCCCCACCACUACUCUACUGACGCAACCAAAUGCUUGAGAAACAGGACUAGGCGCGACAGGUAGCUAGCUAGUCAAGAUUAACUUGAUGUAAACUAAACAUGGUGACGGAGAGGUGAACGACACAGCAACAUGGUCUUCGAAAGCGUGGUGGUAGAUGUCCUAAACAGGUUUCUGGGGGACUACGUUGUGAACCUUGACACCUCACAACUCAAGCUCGGGAUUUGGGGAGGUGAUGCUGUGCUCAGAAAUCUUGAAAUAAAGGAAAAUGCCUUGAGUCAACUUGACAUUCCUUUUAAAGUAAGAGCCGGACAUAUAGGACGCUUGGAGCUGAAGAUUCCAUGGAAGAAUCUGUACACCCAGUCAGUGGAAGCUACACUGGAUGGAGUUUACCUGCUCAUCGUGCCCACAGCCAGUAUAAAGUAUGAUGCAGAGAAAGAGGAGAAACAGCUUCAGGAGGCUCGUCAGAGGGAGCUGCAGAGGAUCGAAGAGACCAAACAGAAAGCAGCGGAACAAGAAAACCCUGCACUUGAGAAACAAGACACCUUUGUGGAGAAACUGGUGACACAGGUGAUCAAGAACCUUCAGGUGAAGAUCUCCAACAUCCACAUCCGCUAUGAGGAUGACGUCACCAAUCCCAAAUGCCCAUUAUCAUUUGGAAUGUCUCUACAGAACCUCAGCCUUCAGACAGCAGAUGAGAACUGGAAACCUUGUCUUCUGAAUGAGAAAGCCAAGCUGUUUUUCAAGCUUGUCCAGUUGGACAAUCUCUUUGCCUACUGGAACGUGAACUCAACGCUGUACUCCAAUCACAUGCCAGACGAGGCCCUAAGAUGCCUCCAGAACAGCAUGGAUAUCUACAGUUCCACCCCCAUGAAACACGAUUUCAUUUUUCGUCCGAUAACGGCCAAUGCGAAGCUGAGCAUGAACCCCCGGUCAGAUGUAAACUUCUCUUCACCCAAGGUAGACUUGGUAGUAAACCUGAGAGAGGUGGCCGUGGAGCUGAACAGGCCACAGUAUAUCAGCAUUCUGGAGCUCCUGGGCUCGGUGGAUAUGAUGUCACGCAACCUGCCGUACAGGAAAUACCGGCCGCAAUUCCACGUGCACACCAACGCCUACAUAUGGUGGCAGUAUGUGAUUACGGGCAUCAUGGAGGUGGACGUGAAGCCACGGCUGCACAUGUGGUCGUGGCAGCGCAUCCACCACCACCGGCACACAGUCAAGCGUUACAGAGCGCUCUACAAGUCCAAGAUCACCAACAAGAAGCCCACUGAGAAGCUGCUCAGGGAAGUGGAGGAGACUGAGCGAACUCUGGAUAUUUUUAACAUCACGCUGGCCAGGCAGCAAGCUGAGAUGGAGGCGAGCAAGGCGGGUCUGCGUAUCUUUCGUCCGGGGGUGAAGGUGGAGGAGGAAUCCCAGGGCUGGUUGGGCUGGAUGUGGUCCGGCUGGUCAGGAGAUGACGGCGCCAAGUCCAAGGAGGUCAAGACUGGAGCUUUUGGUGAGCUUAUGACUCCUGCCGAGAAGGCCAAACUCUACACCGCCAUUGGCUACAGUGAGGUAGCUGUCAAUCACAACCUGCCAAAGAACUUUGAGGACAUUAAGAUACAUUUUCACAUGAAGAGAAUGUCUUUCUCAAUGAAAGACAACAAGGAUCAGAAUGAAAUCCUCAAGGUCACAGUUGAAGACCUGAAAUCCAUGCUGACCCAGAGGCCCGGAGCACAAGCCAUUAAACUGUCGGCCAAGCUUAGUCUGUUUGAGGUGAAAGGACUGGCCAAUAAUCGGCCUGCGCCCACGCUGCUGUCGUCAAGGAAGGCUGCCACGGUAACAGGGACCCCCCUGCUUGACAUUCUGUUUGAGACCAACCCUCUGGAUGAGAGUGCUGACCAGCGGCUCCACGUCGAGUCCCAGCCUCUGGAAAUCAUCUAUGACGCUGUGACGGUGAACAGCAUGUCUGCGUUCUUCUUGCCGCCUGAUGACCUCCAGCUAGACGAGCUGACCAACGCCACUCUCAUGAAGCUGGAACAGUUCCGAGACCGCACCUCCACGGGGCUGAUGUACGUGAUUGAGACCCAGAAGGUUCUGGAUCUGAACGUCAACCUCAUGGCCUCCUACGUGAUCGUGCCCCAAACCGGCUUCUACGACUCCACCCAGAACCUCAUGCUAUUGGAUCUGGGUCACUUCAAGGUGUCAAGUCUGAGCAGAAAGGGGCUACCCCAGCUCUCUGUAGGGAGAAGAACUAUACAGGACAUCAUGUCCCAAGCCUACGACAGCUUCAACAUCAAGCUCAGCAGCCUACAGUUCCUCUACAGCGAACCAGACGGGGACUGGAGGAAAGCCCGUAAGAUGAAGCAAUCGGCCCUCCACAUCCUGGAGCCUGUCGAUGUCAAGGUGGUGUUCAGCAGAGCCAUGGUGGUCACAGACUCACGCAUGCCCAAGUUUAAGAUCUUCGGGGAGAUGCCUCUCUUGUCUCUGAGGAUCUCUGAUGAUAAGGUGCGGGCCGUGCUGGAGCUGAUUAACAGCAUCCCGCUGCCGGAGAGCAGGCCGGCGCCGCGCCGCCCAAACACACACUCUACACCUAAGGCUGCAAAGCAGUCAUACACCCCUCAGCUAACCCCCAGGCAACCAACCAUGGCUGAACUGCGAAACUCCCUCAUAUGGGAAUCAGGCUCAGAGGAGGACCUGUUCUACGAUGCUCCCAGCUCUCCUAUAGGCGACAGUCCGUUCUUCCCCAACAACAUGCCCAGCCCCCUGCAGCGCUCCGACUCGGUCAAGAGGAGAGGACUGGUCAAGAAAGACCCCAAGAAGAACAUGACAGAGUUCCUCAUGAUGUUUGAGAUCAACAAGCUGUCUGUUCAGCUGUGUCGUCUGGCUAGAGGUCAGGAGGUCACAGUGUUACACCUGGACGUCGAGCGUCUCGGCACCGAGCUAAAGAUUCGCACCUUCGACAUGACAUCUAACACCUUUCUACACGAGAUCUGCCUAGAGUGCUCAGAGUAUAUGGAUUCAGAGGAGAAGAAAGUGCACCUGAUCACCACUCUAGACAACACAGAGGAGGACCUCCUCACAUUGGAGUACACUAAGGCUGAUAAGAACGGGCCAGAAUUCAAGUCUCAGUACAAGAACACUGAACAAUCAGUAACGGUGAACUUCUCAUCUCUGGAUGUACACCUGCACACGGAGGCUUUGCUCAACGCCAUGAACUUCCUGAACAGCCUCCUCCCCCCGACCAAGGAGGCGGUGCCUAGCAAGGAGGAGCUGCCCACAAUCCCAGAGGAGGACGAGGGAGAGGGGGAGGAGGGCGAAAAGGAGGAAUCGGCCGUUGCAAAAAGAACAUCUUCUAAGAAGUCAAAGUUUGAGGACGUGGUGAAUUUGCACAUCAGAGCUGAUCUCAACUGUCUGAAGGUUUUCAUCCGAGGCCAGAGCCACAUGAUAGCAGAGAUCCGCAUUGAGGGCCUGGUGUCGGAGGUGCUGAUGAGGAGAAAGGCGGUCGAGGUUCUGGCCAACCUGAAGAACAUAGUCAUUCUGGACUGUGAUAAGGAGGCACUGUAUAAGCAGUGUGUGUCCAUAGCUGAUAAGGAGGUGUUUGCUUUCCGCAUGGUGAACCACACGGACGCCACUGAGGGCGAUGCCUAUCUAGACAUGGGUAAAGUGGACACCAGCAUCUCCCUGACGGUGGGCUGCAUCCAGGUCAUCUUCCUCAACAAGUUUGUCUCUUCCAUUCUGGCCUUCAUCAACAAUUUCCAGGCGGCCAAGGAGGCCCUGGCUGAGGUGACGGUGCAGGCAGCGGAAAAGGCAGCCACGGGGGUGAUGGAGCUUGCUGAGCGCAGCACGCGCAUCUCUCUGGAUGUAGACUUCAAAGCUCCUCUUGUCUUCCUGCCGCAGUCAUCCUCCUCCACCAACGUCACUGUGGCUGACCUCGGUAUGGUCACGGUCAAGAACUGCUUCGCCUUGGUCGACUCCCAGACGCAUGUUAAGAUCCCUCCCAUCAUCGACACCAUGACCGUGGGCCUCAGUGACCUGAAGAUGUACAGAACCACCUUUGAGAAGGGGAGAUUUCAGGGGGAGAUCCAGGUUCUGAAGCCGGUCAACCUGGACCUGUCCAUCCAGAGGAACCUGUCAGCCUCCUGGUACCACAGCAUCCCUGACAUAAAGAUCACUGCCCACCUCAAACCUAUGAAUCUGAUCCUGAGUCAGGAUGACAUGACGGUGGUGUUGAGGACUCUGGGUGAGAACAUGUCAGAGACGUCAGACGCUGCUUCCCCUCGUCCUCCUCCGUCUACAGUGGACCGCUCCGACACUGCCACUACCAAAGGCUCGCAGGGCACAGGAGGCAACAUAGUGGUAACUGCUGCAGUGGUGGAGACCCAGACGAGCACUAAGCUGAAGAACACACUCAAAGUAGACUUCAAGUUUGACUCCAUGACUCUGGUCCUGUACAGCCCCAAUGGGACUGAGGUGCAGGUGUUGGACUCCAGGGAUGAUCAGCUGAUGCUGGCUGAGUUCACCUUGGGAACUAUCUCUACAUCUGUCCACAUGUUCUCAGACGGAUCCAUGAAGGCCUCCGUCAAACUCACAGACUGCCUGCUAGACGACAAGAGACGCAGAGUCAAGAAUAUCACUGCCAGGAUGAUGGCGAUUCGUCCGAGCGCUGAGAGGAACGUGAUGGUGGAGGUGAACUACAAUCAGGGGCGUGAAGGCACCUCUCUGGAAACGGUGGUGCAGGACGUCUACCUCUGUGCCAGCAUGGAGUUCCUGCUCACCGUGGCCGACAUCUUCCUCAAGGCCAGCCAACAGGGUUUCUCCUCAGCCGCCCCCAAGAACAGCAGCACUAAACCCACAGUUACAGCCACCGCCGCUUCCAAGGAACCUGCCCCAGUGGCAGUCAAGUCGGAGAUGAAUGUUCUGGUGAAGAACCCAGAGAUUGUCUUUGUGGCUGACCUGACGCGUGCCGACGCCCCAGCCCUGGUCAUGACCAUGGAGUGCGAGCUGGUGAUGAAGAGCAACCCGGAUGGUCAGCUGAUGACGGCAGUGGUCAAGGACCUGAAGGUGGUGGCCUGCCCCUUCCUGAGGGAGAAGAGGAGGAACAAGGAGACCACUGUGCUGCAGCCAUGCCAGGUGUUCUUCAAGAGCACACAGUCCUCCACCUCCCCGCAGGCCAUGGAGGUCUCCAUCAAGGCACUGACACUCAAGGUGUCGCCCAUCAUCAUCAACACAGUGAUCACCAUCCAGUCGGUGCUGAGCCCGGCCGGUGCAGACAUGCCCCAGUCGGAGCUGGAGAGCCCCGUGCCCCCAGACCUGUGGGAGCGCCGGUCCUGGCAGGACCUCAAGCUGUGGUUCCUGGAGGAGGAGGGUAAAGACGAGGAUGCCCAGUCCCUGGUCCGGCUGAUUCCCCAGGGUGAGUCCCUGCAGGUGGCCAUUUCCUCCAUCUGCCUGACCCUGGAGGCUGGGGUGGGCCACCGUACCGUCCCCAUGCUGCUGGCCAAGUCCUCCUUCCACGGGGACGUCAAGAACUGGAGCACCCUCAUCAAUCUGCACAGCCAGCUCAAUCUGGAGGUUCACUACUUCAACGAGGUGAUGGGGGUGUGGGAGCCUCUGCUGGAGCCCCUAGAGGACGAGAUCAGAGACAGCUUCAGAUCCUGGACUCUGGGAUUAAAGAUGAAGAAGAAGCCAGUAAAGUACUCCGGUAUAUCAGAUGAGGUGGACUGCAGCAUCCCAGACUACAAGACUAUCAUCAGCAUCAGCAGCAAGGACCAGCUCAACAUCACCCUCUCUAAGUGUGGACUGGGCAUGCUCAGUAACCUGGGCACGGCCUUUGCGGAGGCGGCCAAGCAGACAUCAGAGUGUUUCCAGGAGGACGAGGCGCCGUUCGUGGUGAAGAACCAUCUGGGUCUGACUGUGUCAGUGGUGUACAGUGAUAUGUUCUGCCCCCUGGGCCGUGAGGCCACAGAGAACCGUGUAGAGCUGCAGAACGGAGAGAGUGUCAACAUGGACUACCGUCGCACCACCACCCACUCAGACCAGUUCUCUGCCAUGACCUCGCUGGUGGCCAAGGAUUACUACAUACAGCCCACUCCCGUGGGCCACACUUCAGCCAGCGUGAUUCCGUUGAUCAAAGUGGGGCGUGGCAUGUACAGUGUAAUGCACAAAGUCUCUGGGGUCACCCGCUUCCUGGUCUGUCAGAUCUACUCUGUGCAGGGAAGCAAGCACAUCAAGAUCCGCUCUCCCUUCCAGAUCAUAAACCACUUUUCCAUCCCGUUCAGAGUGAUGGAGGGCUCCACGUGUCUGGGGAUCUCAUUACCUACAGAGGAGUUCUGCGUGCCUCUUGACUCCUACAGGUCAAAGUUGAGCCUGCAGCCGGUAACCGAAGGAGACAAUCAAUACGAUUCUUCCGAGGGCUUCAGCUACGAGUCAGUGAGCCAGCAGCCUGGUGCACGUGUACAGCAGACCUGUCAUCGGCAUGGCAACAGCGCCAGCAUGCUAAUGGUCAACAUCGUACCUCUGAAAGAUACAGUGACAUCACAACACACGGGAGUGGCCGGGGAGCACUUUGAUGAGCCCUACAUCCUGCACCUGUGGCCCUCCGUCCUGCUCCGGAACCUUCUGCCUUACCCCAUCACCUAUCGCCUACAGGACAGUGAAGAGCCCGCCCCCAUCACACUGAUAAACGGCCACUCAGCAGAGCUUCACACCGCUGUCAUGGACCUGUCCAGCCUGGAACUCCACCUCCUCAACUACCUGGGGCAGGAUUGGAAGGCCCACUAUGGUCUCCGUGGCGACCAGGACGAGAUCACCUUCAUUGUGUUCCGCUCCCUGCGCGAUGAAGAGGAGGAGGUUAGGUUAGGGGAGGGUGGAGAAAGGAAGCGGGCAGAGCUGGACAUUGCGGUGCAUGUGAAGUAUGAUGCGGGCCUGACUGAGGUGGCCAUCCAUUCUCCCUACUGGAUGGUGAACAAGACGGGUCGCCUGCUGCAAUACAAGGCCAACGACAUCCACCGCAAACACGCCAUGGACUAUGACAUGCCCCUGCUCUUCUCCUUCAAGCCACGCAACUUUCUGCACAACAACAAGGUGCGGCUGAUGAUCUCGGACAGCGAGCUGUCUGAUGAUUUCUCCCUGGAUACCGUGGGUAGCUAUGGUGAAGUGAAGUGCAAAGGGAGGCUCAAAGAUUACCUGAUCGGGGUGAAGAUCGACCCCAGCAGUUUCAGCCUGACCCGUAUCGUGAGCUUUGUGCCGUACUACCUGUUGGUGAACAGGACCAAGCAUGUGAUCUGGGUGGGAGAGGAGGGCCAGGACCACUGGACCAAGGCCAGACCACACCAGGCAGCCAUCCCAUUCUGGCCCGAGAAGGACUCCAAGAUGCUCAAAAUCAAGGUAGAAGGCUGUCUGUCAACCCCUCAAACCAUGGACUUCACCAAACCAGAAAACUGCCUGUUGUUGCACCUGGACAACACUCUGGGCGGAGUCAUUGUGGACGUGAACCUAUCAGACCACUCGAUCAUUAUCUGUUUUUCGGACUACCACGAUGGAGCCGCCCCCUUCCUCAUCAUCAACCACACCCAGGAGCAGACGCUGGAAUUCUACCAGAGAUUGCGGAGAGACUCGUCAAAAUGCGUGACAGACGAGCUGCUCGAACUCUCCUUCUCACUAGAGGAGACCCAGCGCAGCAGUCAGAAGGAGAAGGACAAGCUGAGCCCUGGGAAGGCCGUGUACUAUACCUGGGCUGAGCCCACCGGGUCACGCUCCCUGGCCUGGCAGUGUGGCAGCUACAGUGGCGAGCUGAAGAGUGAAGAGGACCUGCGGUUGGACGUGAACGAGGAGGGUAAGCUGUACCUCAUCUCGUUCUACGAGGGCCUCCAGCGAGUGGCGCUGUUCACCGAGGACAGGCGGAUCUACAAGCUGCUGUGUGAGAGUGAGAAGGCCGAGCUGGCUGAACAGGAGAUCAUCCUCUCCCUGCAAGACGUGGGCAUCUCCCUGGUCAACAACAGCAGCCACCAGGAGGUGUCCUUCAUUGGCAUUACCAGUUCAGACGUGGUGUGGGAGUUCAAGCCAAAGAAGAAGUCUCGCUGGAAACCCCUGAGUUUGAAAUAUGCAGCGCAGCUGGAGACCCACUUCAGAGAGUACACCGAGAGUGAAUCAGUGGACAACACCAUCUUAGACCUGGAGAGCAACUUCCAGGUGUCUCUGACGCCAAACAGGCAAGACAUGAGGAUGAUGAAGCCAUAUGAUGCUCCAAUCAGGAGGAACUUCCUUCCAGGGGUGAAGGUGGAGUACAGCGUAUCGGCGCGCCAGAGUGCCUACCGUGUGCAGAUCAACCGCAUACAGAUCCAGAAUCAGCUGCCUGGAGCAAUCUUUCCCUAUGUCUUCUACCCAAUAAAACUACCAAAGUCUGUCACCAUGGACUCAGAGCCCAAACCUCUGACCGACAUCAGUAUUGUUACCAGGGCAGCCGGACACUCCGAUAUCUCCCGCAUCAAGUAUUUCAUGGUGCUGAUCCAGGAGAUGGACUUGAAGUUGGACCUGGGUUUCCUCUACGCCAUCUUGGAUCUGUUCACCCCGGAGACGGCCAGCGUGAUGACAUCAGAGCAGAUGGUGGAGUUGUUUGAGAAGGACAUUGAGUAUCUCAAGACUGAGCUGAACAACAUCUCAGCCGCUGACACGUCCCCUAUCAGUCUCUAUGAGUACUUCCACAUCUCUCCCAUCAAGUUGCACCUGAGUUUGUCUUUGAGUUCUGGAGGAGAGGAUGGUAAUAAGGAGAAGAGGGAGACCGAGGUCAUCCCUGUCCAAUCCCUCAAUCUGCUGCUGAAGAGCAUCGGAGCAACCCUCACUGACGUGCAGGACGUCGUCUUCAAAUUGGCCUAUUUCCAGCUGACAUUCCAGUUUCGCACUCGCCAGCAACUACAAUGGGAGGUCAUCAGACACUACUCGAAACAGGCGAUAAAGCAGAUGUAUGUGCUGGUAUUGGGCUUGGACGUGCUGGGAAACCCCUUUGGACUUAUCCGAGGUCUGUCUGAGGGAGUGGAGGCUUUCUUCUAUGAGCCCUAUCAGGGAGCUAUCCAGGGACCAGAGGAGUUUGUGGAGGGUAUGGCGCUGGGGGUGAAGGCACUGGUUGGAGGAGCAGUGGGGGGCAUUGCGGGCGCUGCCUCCAGGAUAACAGGCGCCAUGGCGAAGGGUGUGGCUGCCAUGACGAUGGAUGAGGAAUACCAGCAGAAGAGACGAGAGGCUAUGAACAAGCAGCCCAGCGGCCUAAGAGAGGGCCUGACUCGUGGAGGCAAAGGACUGGUCUCUGGCUUCGUCAGUGGGAUCACAGGGAUCGUCACCAUGCCCAUUAGAGGUGCUCAGAAGGAGGGUGCGGCAGGCUUCUUUAAGGGUGUCGGGAAGGGGCUGGUGGGGGCUGUGGCCAGACCCACAGGAGGUAUCAUAGACAUGGCCAGCAGCACUUUCCAGGGCAUCAAGAGGGCGGCUGAGACGUCCCAGGAUGUGGAGAGUCUGCGUCCACCUCGCUUCAUUCACGAGGACGGGGUCAUCCGACCAUAUAAGGAGAGAGAAGGCGUUGGCAGCCAAAUGCUACAGAAAAUUGAGAAUGGACAGUUCGCCAAGUACAGAUACUUUGCUCACGCCAAAGUAAACGAGUCUGAUUACUUGAUGAUCACCAAAAGUGGAAUCUUUUUCGUGACCAAAGGCACAUUUGGGCAGCUUACCUGUGAGUGGCAGUAUCUGUUUGACGAGUUCACCAAGAAGCCCAUGAUCGUGGAGGGGAGGAGGCUUCGGAUAGAGGCAAAGGAGAGAGUAAAGUCUGUGUUUCAUGCCAAAGAGUUUGGGAAGAUUAUAAACUUCAAAAGUCCAGAAAUAGCCGAGUGGGUUCUUACCAAGCUGGAGGACGCCCGGGAGAGUCUACACAAAUACUGACUGGUCACUCCAAUAUGGCCACCAACCAGCACUGAGACAUGGCAAAAGUACAACGUUGACUGAUAGUGUGUGUGUGCAAGGGUAGGGUGUGCCCCCGUCAGUAUACUACCUACUUACUCUCAGGUUAGACUUGCUCUUUCAUUCACACACACACACACACACACACACGGACUGUCUGGACAUCUUGCAGACACACAGGCUGCACUAGCUAACACUAUCACUGCUCUGGUUGUACACAGCCAUGUGGCAGAAAUAUCUCCUUGCACUUCCUUAAGCCAGCUUGGUCUGCCAGAGGUUGUAGAAGAGGCCGUGGUGGGAGUUUUCGAAGGCAGUAAACUACUCACGGAUGUUCUCUGUGUCGUUGGCACAGGUGAAGUGGGAGUAAACAGUCUGUCUGUCUCGGUUCUGCUCCUGGUACAUAUUCAGGAUGAACUUCCUGGUUGCUUUAGGGUCAUUCUGUGUGUGUUUCUCUAUCAGAAGACAAGUCAUGUCAGGUUGCAGUCUGUGUGUGUCUGUAAAACAAUGUGUUUGUAUGUGUGUGAAUGUCACUACUGUCUGCUCUGAUUGUACACAAUUACGUGCCAGAAAUGUCUCCGUUUCCUAAAUAUACAUGUUUGUUUUUUAUAUUUUCUUUGAAAAAGUAGGGUGCCUGAGGGACUUUCCUAAUGGAGCUCUGUCAUCACAUUACAAUUUGAUUGACAGUUACUGAAUGACGUGCUUGUAAAGAUAUUGUGGCCAAAUUUAAGUAUCAUUGUGGGACUCAGAGCACUGUUUUUAACUGCCUUGAUGUGUAUAUGUUAAACAAUUAUUUUACUGUUGAUAUAGCAUUUUAAACUCUGAACUUUUUUUAAAAUCAGCUUGUUAGCGGAGUCCAGUCCAAGAUGCUAAUGAUUCUGUUCCAAGACUCACCCUAUUCCAUUCCACCUCUACCUAAAUCACUAACGGUUGUUUUUCUACACAAUUCCGAAUGCAUUUUUUUAUAUGUCUAUCUGCUCUACAUUAAUUUCAGUGGAGUGUGUGUGGGUGUGUAUACUGAGUGUACAAAACAUUAAGAACACCUGCUCGUUCCUUGACAUAGACUGACCAGGUGAAUCCAGGUGAAAGGAAUGAUCCCUUAUUGAUGUCACUUGUUAAAUCCACUUCAAAUCAGUAUAGAUGAAGGGGAGGAGACAGGUUAAAGAAGGAUUUUUAAGCCUUGAGAUAAUUGAGACAUGGAUUGUGUAUGUGUGCCAUUCAGAGGGUGAAUGGCCAAUACAAAAGAUUUAAGUGCCUUUUGAACGGGGUAGGGUAGUAGGUGCCAGGCACACCGGUUUACGACAACAACUGCAACGCUGCUGAGUUUUUUACACUCAACAGUUUCCUGUGUGUAUCAAGAGUGGUCCACCACCCAAAGGACAUCCAGCCAACUUGACACAACUUUGGGAAGCAUUGGAGUCAACAUGAGCCAGCAUCCCUGCGGAACGCUUUUAACACCUUGUAGAGUCCAUGCCCUGACGAAUUGAGGCAAUGGGGGGGGGGCGUAAUGGAGUGGCAGCAGUGUUGGAUUUUCUGGAAACCUGAUUUGCCGUGGCUACAGAUAGAGAUUUACAUGUUAGUCAUUUAGCAGGCACUCUUAUCCAGAGCGACUUACAGUUAGUGCAUUCAAGAUAGCUAGCUGGGACAACCACAUCGCAGGCAUAGAAAGUACAUUUUUCCUCAAUAAUGUAGCUAUCAGUAGAGUCAGAACUGGGGGGGGGGUCAAGUGCAAGUGCUGGUCAAUUUCACUGCGCAUGUUGGAAUUUUUUACAUACCUGCUGUCCACUCCGCAUGUUCCAACUACUGCAUUCCAUCCCUCAGUAGGCUAUUAAGCAUGAUUUCAUGUUAUUUUAUCAGGAGGAGGUUAGGCUACAUGUAGAUAUUUACAUGUUGUAGCCUACACAAAAAACAUGAUCAACAUGGUCAUACAAACUUGUUGUUUUCUAGUUUUCACCCCUUUUUCUCCCCAAUUGGUAGUUACAGUCUUAUCCCGUCGCUGCAACUCCCCUACGGACUCGGGAGAGGCGAAGGUCGAGAGCCGUGCGUCCUCCGAAACACGACCCUGCCAAGCCGCACUGCUUCUUGACACCCUGCUCGCUUAACCCGGAAGCCAGCCGCACCAAUGUGUCGGGAGUAAACACCGCCAAGUGGCAACCGUGUCAGCGUGCAUGCACCCGGCCCGCCACAGGAGUUGCUAGAGCGCAAUGGGACAAGGACAUCCCGGCCGGCCAGACCCUCCCCUAACCCGGACAAUUGUGCACCGCCUCAUGGUUCUCCCGGUCGGCUGCGACACAGCCCGGGAUCAAACCCAACUCUGUAGUGACGCCUCUAGCACUACGAUACAGUGCCUUAGACCGCUGCGCCACUCGAGAGGCCCCUUCGCAUUUAUUUUUUUGCCCCAAUGCACAAAUUAAGUGGGGAGUUUACAUGCAGCUAACUAGGCAAAUCAAAUAAAAUGUUAUUGGUCACAUACACACAUAUUGCGGGUGUAGCGACAGGCUUGUGUUCCUAGCUCCAACGCAGUAAUGCUUAGGAGCUAGAAGUAGAGCUGCCAUGUCUAUCGGCGCCAUCUUCUUUAGGCAGCAUAUCAAACACAAGCAAGACACGCAGUCUUAUUGGCGAUUUAAUGUUUUUUUUUAAUCAUAAUUGCAAACAUUGGCUAAGCAGGAGUCAGACAGGCAGUCAAAGUAGUAGUUAUUUUUCAGCAACUAUGGACAGUGCAGGGUUUCCCAAACUCGGUGCACGUUUAGUUUUUUGCCCUAGCACUACACAGCUGAUUCAUAUAAUCAACUAAUCAUUAAGCUUUGAAAGGUGCUGGAAGGUGCUGGCGCUAGUGGCUACGAUAUGGCAGCAACCACAUCA